AGUGUUCUAAACUAAAUGAAACCAACAUGCGCAAACUAAACGAAAACUUGUCUUCUAACGACAGUAUUCUCACGAUUGUAACCAUGGACUACUUCAGAGCAGUGGCAUUGUGUUCAGUACGAAUUUGCCAGAAUUGAAUUUGUUCCAUUUUAAUAUUUUCUUACAUAUAAGUAAUUAAUAAAUUCGACACAAUGGCUGCAACAAUGCCAAUAAAUCCUAAACCAUUUUUAAAUGGUUUAACCGGUAAACCUGUUAUGGUAAAACUAAAGUGGGGCCAUGAAUAUAAAGGUUAUCUUGUGUCUGUUGAUGGAUAUAUGAAUUUGCAAUUAGCUAAUACAGAAGAACACAUUGAUGGAAAUUGUACUGGAAACCUUGGUGAAGUUUUAAUCAGGUGUAAUAAUGUAAUGUACAUAAGGGGUGUUGAAGAAGAGGAUGAAGAAGGAGAGAUGAAGGAUUAUUACGUUUACGCCAUCUAUUGCUGGGAAGUAAAACUGUAUAUCAACUACUUACGUUAUCUGAUGGCAGAAUGCGAAACUAAUGUUUUGGCGGUUGUUAAAAAAAAUGUAGGUAAAAUCAUAUUUUCCGUUUAUAAUAAUAUUUCUACUACAUUAUUGAUCGAAGGAAGGAAACGAUUCAAUAAUUUGUAUAAUAAUAAAAUAAACAAUAACAUUUAAUAUAUGUAUUUUAUAUAAUUUUACUUGCAUGUCAAAUAAUACAUAACACUAGAAGUGUCUUUCAAAUGAUACCCAUUCGUACUUUUCUUUUGUUUUUGGAAAAGAUAUUUGAAGGACAAUGCAAGUACGGAAUUAAAAACACAAUAUACAUAGCUGUAUGUAUAGCAACUG